CUCACGCCGAUUGCCAUACAACAUUGCUCUUAUACCUUUUCCACUACUGCGGCACCUUAAUUAUCCUUGCCUGUCGAUCUAGUCUAGCAUACUUACUGCCAUAUUGAAAUCAAUAGCACAUUGCCCGGAUUCGCCGACACAAAAGUCCCUCGCAGUCCUGAACAUCUUCAGCUCCAGAUCUCUCGAGCACAUCCUCCUACCUAGACACAGCACAAUCCUUUCAAGACAGGGUCACAUCCACCGUACUUUCUCCCUUCAGUCUGUUAGAUUCAUGGCUACACUAUAACAUUCUGGUCUGCUGCGUGGUGGGAUUCAAGAGGUGCUUAAACAGAAUACAAGCUUGCGCUAGGAUUGAAUUGUCACAGUGCACUCUUCGCUGAACAUGUCUUCUACCAAGGCCUCCAAAGCCCCGGUCGUCCUGACUGCCGCGGAUCAAGAACAAACGAUGGUGUAUCUUCUUGAACAGUCCAUAGAGAGUAUCCUUCAUGACAUCCUCCUUGAUGUCCACCAAGAGGAAAAGAUUGCUCGUAUGCAAACCGCCGUGGUCGAAGUCGAACAACGGGCGGAAAAACUCGGCAAGAAAACCAGUGCAGAUCAAGGCGAGUCCGAGGCGGCCGACAAUGAAGCCGUGGAAACCAAUUCAGCUGUCCUCAAGGGCGGCCAAGUCAGCCUCAAGGGCAACCCUAUGAAGAAGAUCAAACAUAUCAGAUGUCCAAACUGCCGUCUGCGGAGACUGCAGUAUCCUCGAGUGGGUUGGAACUCUCGUCCUGUCCCUGACGCCACCGAACAGUACUGCAAAACCGAACCAAUGAUCAUCAUCGACAAACACGACGUCCAUGGCCAGCGCAAAAAGGGUGUCAAAGUCAAAGGCCAAGCUAAGGGCAAGAACAAGAAGAAGAAUGACCCAGGAUCGCCAGCGGCGUCAGAAGCCUCGGACCCCUUGACCCCUUCCUCGUCGAUGCCUAACGAGCAGUUUGAGUUCAAAGAAAUCGACUACCCUGCCGCCAAGUGUCCCAAUCGUGAAUCUCACCUCGGCGACCACUGGAAAUCAGUCAACGUCUUUGCCACUCACCUCAAUGGCAAUUGCUACCUGAAGAAAGAUCGGGCUGCAGGCAGAGAAGCUAAUGCCAAGAUGAGUGGCACCCCACGAGAUAGCCGUGCCAACUCACCCAAGCCCACUUCCAACGGAGUCAAACGCAAGGCAGACGACGAGGAGCCAAAGGGGACCAUCAAGAAGAAACAAAAGACCAGCGACACCAUUAAGAAGAUAGACAAGAAGCCGGUCGGUGCACCCUCCAAACUGCGUGAGAUCGAUAAUGCCGGAGACGACAGUGGCGGCGAAGCAAGUCCACUCAAGGAAGCUAAUGGCGACACAAUCUCUGUCACGCCGACCAAGGCCGCCAGAGACCAAAGUUCCGAACCGUCGUUAAAGCUCAAGUUGAAGGCGCCCAAUGCCAGUAGCAGUGUCACAAGCGAUGGGAUUGCGCGGAAAAAGUUGGGCUCCAAGCCAGGGAAAAAGGACAAGGACAAGGCUUGAUCUUGGUGAAUGUCACACCAAGCACGAAGCAACGUGUACCAUAUUUACCAAGACAUCGGGUUAUGGCUAUGUCUUAUGCUGCUAGACAUGGCUUGGGUGCUGCGAAUCCACCACCACGGACGGUGGACAUGUUGAACAACGGCGCACAGGGGCAGGUCAGUUAGAAUAUUGACCCUGGAUAUUUGCUUUGAUCCUAACACACAUAGGCAGACGUUAGUGCUGCCAUGCCGUCUGUUUGCAACCAUUGACAAUUGACGAUGGUAUUCAAGAGCCAAUGACCAUAAGUCGACAGGGUUGAGCGAGAUCCCAGGCUCAAUGUUUGACUCAAAUCACUGACGUGUCAUCACAGCCUCGUGCGACUGUCCAUUGUUUUCCAUUGCUAUGGCCAUUCAUCAAGCACAUCGCAGACAAGUCAUACCAUAGUAACAAACACGGUCAUGCGCCAUUGCCAGGUCAUUUUGAGCCUCACCUCCUCCUCCUCUUCCUCCUCCUCCUUCU